UCAAUUCCACAUAAGCAUCCAACGUCUACUAGAAGUGAUCAAGAACCCAAGAUCACCUGGCAAAAAAGCUCCGCCUAAACUCUACUCACCUUUUAAUUUUUCAACCACUGAAACGGAUAAACCUAAAUUAUGA